CGAGGAUGUCAAUUCAGACGUCUCUCUCGUUCUUUGUUUUCAUGAAGUCUUCGUGUCUUGUGAUUUGUAUUAUCAUCAGGGAGGAUUUUGAUUUCUGCCUGACGAGGGUUCAAUUAGAUGAGAUUCAGCUGUGACAAGUCUCAUCUUGUCAUGCUGCAUGUUCUAGGGUUGGGCAUCUGCAGAAUCGACUGUCGUUCUUUUGUCCUGUUUGUUACUGAAUUUGUCGUUCUAUUGUCCUGUUUGUUACUGAAGAGUUGCCAUUUGCAACAGUAGGGGCACGAAUCCGAGAGUAUUGUGGAAUGUCCCAGCGCAUCGAGGAGCAGUUACUUUUACUUGACCUGAUGUUGGCCCAUGCUGCACUAGCAACCCUCUGUGUAGGGCUGGUCUCUGCAACAGUCGUCUGCCCAGAUGGGAAUGAGUGUCCAGACCAGAACACCUGCUGUUUGACCAAGGAAGGAUUUGGCUGUUGCAGCAAUCCCUCUGCUGCCUGUUGUUCGGACCAGUUGCACUGUUGCCCAGCUGGCUACCGCUGUGGUGAAGAAGCUCAGUCAUGUGUAAAAGACGGCCUGCCAUGGUUCAGAAUGCCGUGGCCAAUGAACUCACCAGCGAAGGAGCCUGAAACUGGCCCUCGCAAGCUGUCCCUUCUUAAUUCUGAUACAAACACCAUUCAGGAGAAGCCUUCAGACCUGUCUGUGGUAUGGUGUAACCAUAACCAUACCGCUCAUUGCCCUGAUGGUACAACAUGCUGCCUAAGCCCUUAUUUUGGCUGGGGCUGCUGUAACCACCCACUUGCGCAGUGCUGCAGUGAUGGCAUCCACUGCUGUCCACGUGGCUACUACUGUGACAGCACCUCUACCCAGUGCCUGAAAAUGAGUCAGCGCAGACCUGGCACCUACGUGAGGGGAGACACCAACAUCCAUGCAUAGAGCAACCGUGAUGCUGCAACACUGUUAUGGGUCUCAUGUGCAGAACUUCACAUCAGUGGGAUUCAUCCAUCAGCACUCAGAAUGUACACUGCUCACUGUCUGUGAUGGUCUGCCGAUGCACUCUGUUCAGUGUUAGCUUCAUAAUAAGUAAAACAAAUAAAUAAAAUCAUAAGGUUCAUAU